CCGUCAAAAUAUUCAAAAAAGUCCAAAAGCCACCAAGAAAAAGAGAAAAGAAAACGUUCGUCCAUGUCUCCCCAACGGCUACUCCGAUUGACCUUUGUAUAAUCCACCAAAACACUUCAAACUUUAAGACAAUCACUCAAAUUCUUCCAAAUUUUCAAACAAUCCACUCAAAUUUCAUAUUCAAUGGAAUCAAUCACACCCCCUCAAUUUCACAAAUCAGAACCAACCCACAAAACUAAAUCAGCUUCAAGACUUGCUUUAAUGGCGAAUUCCCCAGAUUUUGGGAGUGAUACAGACAAUCAAAUCCCUCAUUUUUCUGUAGAAUAUGCGCCUUCACCGUCACCGCGGAAAACCCCAUCAAAACCUUCAAUUAACAAGCCUAAAAACUUCCUCUCUCUCCAUGAACACCUGCUUCUUUCCCCUUCCCCUGUUAAAAAGUCCAGAACCCGGCUUUCAGACCGCCUUGAAACAGCGGAUGAAGCUGCUGAACACAGGCGGAAGUGCAAGACUAGAACUAGCUCUAAUGGAUUGCCUGCUUGUUACUCGCCAAGAAAUAAUCUCAGGAGAUCUAGAAGAAAGAUUGACGCUGAGGAAAGAGAAAUUGUUGGUGUUGAUGAAGGGGUAAAGCCCAGGAAACGAAGAAUUAGUUCUAAGUCUAAGAAAGAAAAACUUACUUCAACUCCCUCUCUUGCUCCUUCAAAAAGUAAUGAUGGAGAAGUAAACGCAUUGGAUCAUCUUGGUCAGCUGAUUUGGGAAUUGAUUAUGUGGAGAGAUGUUGCUAAAUCAAGCCUUUGGUUUGGUUUUGGGUGUCUUUGUAUCUUAUCUUCCUGCUUUACAAAGGGAUUAAGCAUUAGCCUUUUCUCAGUGAUUUCCCAGUUGGGGUUCCUGUUUUUGGCAGCAUCAUUCAUAGCAAAUUCAUUGCAUCAAAGAGAAAAUAUACCAAGAAAUGUGGAAGUUUGCUUGAAAGAGGAUGACAUAUUGAGAGUAAUUAGAGUGGUGCUGCCAGGUUUAAACCUUGUAAUAUCAAAAACAAGAGAGCUUUUCUCUGGAGAGCCAUCCAUGACCCUCAAAGUAGCUUUGUUUCUCUUGGUUGGUUCUGAGUAUGGUCACCUUUUAACAUUGUGGAGACUUUGUGCACUUGGAUUUUUUACCAGCUUUACUGGCCCUAUGCUGUAUUCCUCUUAUGCUGCUCAAAUAGAUAAAAGAGCUGAGCAAUGCAAAUCAAGGGUGUUGGAAGCUUGGCGAGCAUGUUACCACAAGAAGAUUGUAGCUGUAUCAGUAGCUACUGCCUUCUGGAAUUUGUCCAGUCUUAAAACCCGAGUUUUUGCAGCUUUCAUCUCCUUAGUGAUACUGCGAUAUUAUCGGCAACUACCAGAAACCAAAUUGGAAGAAGAAGCUACACAUAUGAUAAAGAAAGUGAAGCCACAAAGACAACCUGCAAUCGAACAAGAAAUGGAGCCUGAAAAGGCACUGGUUUUGGCAGAUGGGGGGAAAUCUGACAAAUGAGUGACUUGAGAAAACUAAAAAUAAAGAGAUUAUUCCUCUUCCACAUUCCUGUACAAAUGCAACUUUCAUAUUUCUUAUAAUGCUUAUUCAUUCAUAUUCUACA